UAACAAUGACGAUCAUGCACCACCUACACUCACUCAUGCAGGACAGAUUUAGAACUUCCAGUUAAUGUAUCACACACGUUUUGGAUGCGGCAGGGGAAAAUGGUGAACUGGCUUGCUGCCUGCUUGAUGAUGUAGAAGUGAAGAUUAUUUACCGUUUAUUCUGCAUGACAUUUUCACAUUUUUUAUGAUGGGGCUGAUGCUGGCCAUUUGGUUUGAAGCAAACAAUGAAUAAUCUUGGCUUGGAUGAAGGAGGGAGGCAUGUAAGAACAAUAAAACACGCCUGAAAAGCCAGACCUACCCGUUACAGACUAGUUAUUGAAAAGGGAGCUCCUUUCAGCUUUUGUCCCGCCUUCCAAUCUGUAUUCCAACAGCAGCUGAAGCAGUUUAGAGGGGGGCGGAUACUGGAAGAUGAAAAACACACCCACAAUACACAGUGAGAGACAGAUAGAUGGUCGGUCCAGCGUGUUAUGGAUGUAUCGUGUUCGCCGUUGUAUGAGAUGAUGUGAAGAAGAAGCAGGAUUUAAGCUGACGAGGUGUAGUCGUACCUUUCGUGGUGGUUAGUUUAAUCAUUUUAGACUGACAAAUUACGUGAGCAGGGUUUCCAAGUGUGAUUGGGGCACUGGAUUGUACGCAGAUCCGAAUAAAGGCCCCAUCCAGUCCAAAUGAGCCAAAUUACGUGAACAGAAAAGGCUUCCACAGUAUUAACAUGCAGGACAGACCUUUCCCAAGAGCAUGGAUGUCCCUUUCUUCCCUGGCAUCCCAGAAGUCCUGCAUCUUCCUCCCAGGAUGAAAUAGUCAACAUUCAGCAGAGGAACCUGCAUCUGAGUGCCACAUUCGGCACCAAAACCCAUUCUUUUUAUUUGUAAUGACCCAUUUGGUCUGCUUAUUUGUGUACAGUUGUCAACUGACUCUUUAUUUUUCGUCAUUUAUAUGGAGCAUAUCAUUUGGUGCCUGAAUCCUUUUUCUGUGGCUUUUCAUAUUUCUUCGCUACAUCAAAAAGUAAAGAACAAAAAUCCUAAGCCCAGCAAAACCUUGUGUUCUUUUCAAAUCUUGUUAAUAUAUUGGACAUGUUCAAGGAUCAGUCUGUUGACAUGGGACCAGAAGAUGGCGGAAGCUGUAUGAUAUGACUGAAUAUCUUUUUCAGACUAAAUGCUUUAGUGUAUGAAAAAGAAUUCAUACUACAGUUACAACAGUAACAGAAUAUGGAGUCUUGCUCAGCAGGGCUACACGUUUAUCAACUACUGACUUCUGGUUCAUAAGUGUAGUCAAGGAACUGUUCUGCUGAGCAGCUGAAGGCAUAUGGAUCCAAUCAUGCCAUCCCAUGAGCCAGCAGUAGAUGACAAGAUUGAUGAUCCUGAUCGUACAUCAGAUGAAGUGGAUGGAAUUGCUUAUAUCCCACAUAGUUCAAAGCUGGAGGAUGUAGAGGACGAUAGUGAGGACAUCAAAGCAGUAGUAGAUGGCAUUGAUGGGAUAAAAAUUUCACCAGGACUGGGCCUGGCAGAUUUUGACCUCAUUCGUGUCAUUGGACGCGGAAGCUAUGCCAAGGUCUUGUUGGUGCGAUUAAAGAAGAAUGACCAGAUUUAUGCCAUGAAAGUUGUUAAAAAGGAGCUGGUACAUGAUGACGAGGAUAUUGACUGGGUCCAGACAGAGAAGCAUGUGUUUGAACAAGCUUCCAAUAAUCCGUUCUUGGUUGGGCUUCACUCCUGCUUUCAAACUGAGAGUCGGUUGUUCCUUGUAAUUGAGUAUGUGAAUGGUGGUGAUCUUAUGUUCCAUAUGCAACGACAACGAAAACUUCCAGAAGAACAUGCAAGGUUUUAUGCAGCAGAAAUUUCUAUUGCAUUGAACUUCCUUCAUGAAAAAGGAAUAAUCUACAGAGAUUUAAAACUGGACAAUGUCCUGUUGGACCACGAGGGCCACAUUAAAUUAACAGACUAUGGCAUGUGUAAGGAGGGUAUUAGGCCAGGUGACACAACUAGCACUUUCUGUGGCACGCCAAAUUAUAUUGCACCAGAAAUCCUUCGGGGAGAAGAUUAUGAUUUCAGUGUUGACUGGUGGGCCCUGGGUGUUUUGAUGUUUGAGAUGAUGGCUGGAAGAUCACCAUUUGACAUCAUAACAGACAAUCCCGACAUGAACACAGAAGAAUAUCUCUUUCAAGUUAUUCUCGAGAAACCUAUUCGGAUUCCAAGGUCCCUCUCUGUCAAGGCUGCCAGUGUCCUGAAAGGCUUUUUAAAUAAGGAUCCCAAAGAUCGACUAGGGUGUCAAGUGCAAACAGGAUUUUCUGAAAUCAAGUCUCACACAUUCUUUCGCAGCAUUGACUGGGACCAGUUGGACAAAAAACAGGUGACUCCUCCAUUCAAACCUCAAAUCACAGAUGACUAUGGCUUAGAGAAUUUUGAUACUCAGUUUACCAAUGAACCAGUGCAGCUGACACCAGACCAUGAAGAUGUUAUCAAAAGAAUAGAUCAGACGGAAUUUGAAGGAUUUGAAUACAUUAACCCUUUGCUGCUAUCAACAGAAGAAGCCUUAUGAAGAAAGAGGAUCCAAUUUGAUUCUGUUGCCUGUGUAUCAUAGGCCAUGUUCUACAGUAGCCACUGGUCAUAGGAAAAGGAAAAGAAACAAGAAACCUACUGCAUGUAUGCAAAAGUGGGAAGACUAGCCUGACUCUCAAAACAAAUCUGAAUGUUUGUUUGGGAAUGUGCUGCAAAGUUAUUUAAGUAAAAAAAAUCAAACUGGUUGGACAGUGAUAGCUUUUCACCCACCUACUACUGAUAUUCAUGUUUUAACUAUUUUGGUUGUGUCACUACUAAAGAGUUUGUAAAUAUAAAACGCCUGUGCAUUUUUGUGCCUGCUUGAAUUACAGAUCUGAAAAUAUUACUUUCAACCCUGGGAACAUCAGAGUUCUACUUUUAGAACUUGGUUUGUGCACUUUUUGUUUUAAUAAAUGUUAGAUAUUAUUAA